AUGACAGCGGUAGACGCGCAGUAUCCAGCGUGGUGCCAAGAUGACGAAGUUCCGGUAACGCAGGUGGAAUUGAAAGAUAUCUUUGAAGAUCUAACUGCAAAGUUCGGGUUCCAGCAAUCGUCGAAAGAAAAUAUGUUCCACCAUCUCCUGUCGCAGUUGGACUCGCGGGCCAGUCGAUCUUGUGCAGCAAGUGCACUUGUAUCGCUGCAUGCGUCUUAUGUGGGAGGCAAUGAGGCCAAUUUCAAGAAAUGGUAUUUUGCCGCGCAGCUCGAUCUCGACGAAGAAGUGGGGUUCCAGAACAUGAAGCUGCAUGGAAAGGCUCGAAAACACAAUUUGGAUCUUGCCAAGAAACGCGGUGUGUCCGUUGACGAACACCUCCAGAAAUGGAAAGAGGAAGAGGAAGAGUUCAUCAAGAGCCACCCCAAUGUGUCGAAUACACCGACAAAACUCAAAGACGACACAAACUACAGAAUAACAGCUUUAAAAUGGAAGAUGAAAAUGCGUCAAUUGGAGCCAGCACAAAUGGCCCGGCAGUUAGCGCUGUACUUUUUGUGCUGGGGCGAGGCGAAUCAAAUUAGAUACACUCCGGAGUGUCUGUGUUUCAUCUACAAGUGCGCGCUAGAUCACGAUUGCAGCACCGAAAGCGAAUGUCAAAAGUCAAAACCCGAAUACUCGUAUCUAAAUGAGAUCGUCACUCCCUUAUACCGUUUUUUACGGUCUCAAAUGUACAACGUGGAUUCUCAGAAUGGUAAAUUGAUCCGACUUGAAAAGGAUCAUAAGGACAUAAUAGGAUACGAUGACGUUAACCAGCUAUUUUGGUAUCCAGAAGGCAUCGAGAGACUUGUUCUUGAGUCAGGAGAACGAUUGAUCGACAAGCCAAGACAUGAAAGAUUCAAUGCCCUGAAGGACGUCCAAUGGUCAAAGGCCUUCUAUAAGACUUACAAGGAAACAAGAACAUGGAUGCAUUGUGCGACGAACUUCAACAGAAUCUGGAUUAUCCACCUGUCCACUUUCUGGUUUUUCACGUCCUUCAAUGCACCGACUCUGUACACCAAGGACUACGUUCAGCUGCUCGAUAAUCCACCAACACAGCAAGCCCGGCUUUCAGCCAUCGCUCUGGGUGGGACUGUUACCUGCGUGAUCCAGAUAAUAGCUACCAUUUUUGAAUGGAGCUUUGUGCCACGGAAAUGGCCGGGCGGUCAACACUUGACUAAAAGGAUGAUCGGGCUUUUAUUUUGUUUGGUUGUGAACAUUGCACCCUCCAUAUACGUGUUUGGAUUUUUCGAUCUUGAUGUUCAUUCGGGCCACGCUUACGUCGUCUCGAUAAUCCAGCUUACCAUAGCUGUUUUGACCACUUUGUUCUUCGCGAUUAGGCCCUUGGGCGGAAUUUUUGGCUCUUAUUUGCACAAGGGUCAAAAGAAAAGGCGUUACACCUCCUCACAAGUUUUCACAGCUCAAUUCCCCAAACUGACGGGUCGCAGCAAAUGGUUUUCGUGGGGUCUCUGGGUAUUUGUCUUUGUUGGCAAAUUCAUAGAAUCGUAUUUCUUCCUUACACUAUCCUUAAGAGACCCCAUACGCGUCCUAUCCAUCAUGGAUAUGAGCAGGUGCAGAGGAGACACAUUAGUGGGCACACAUCUUUGUCGACUACAACCGAAAAUCACACUAGGCAUUAUGAUCCUGACCGAUCUGGUUCUCUUUUUUCUCGAUACUUACUUGUGGUACAUCAUAUGCAACUGCAUAUUUUCUAUUAUUCUGUCGUUUUCAUUGGGUACCUCAAUUCUCACUCCUUGGAAGAAUAUCUACUCUAGACUUCCCAAGCGGAUUCACUCCAAGAUUUUGGCGACUUCCGAGAUGGACGUCAAAUACAAGCCGAAGAUUCUGGUAUCUCAGGUUUGGAAUGCCAUUGUAAUCUCGAUGUACAGAGAGCACUUGUUGUCAAUUGAGCAUGUCCAAAGACUUCUUUACCAGCAAGUUGAUUCAAUGACGCACGACAAACGAGCUUUAAAGUCGCCAACGUUCUUUGUAGCACAAGACGACUCCACUUUCAAAUCUAUGGAAUUUUUCCCCGAAAACUCUGAGGCAGAGCGCCGAAUAUCUUUCUUUGCGCAGUCACUGUCGACGCCUAUAGCAGAGCCGAUGCCAGUUGAGUGCAUGCCCACUUUUACCGUUUUAGUCCCACACUACUCCGAAAAGAUUUUGUUGUCAUUGAAGGAAAUCAUAAAAGAAGAGUCAACAAAAUCACGCAUUACUCUACUUGAAUACCUCAAACACCUUCAUCCUACGGAAUGGGACUGCUUUGUUCGUGACACCAAAUUAUUAUUUUUGGAAGGCGAUGCAGACCAAGACGACCCUGAACAUGACUCGGAGUCGUUAAAAGAAAGCCGCGAAGAUUCCACUAAGGACGCAGAUGACAGAUUUAAGUUCAUGCAGAGCAGAAUCAAAGACCUGCCGUAUUUUUGCAUGGGGUUUAGCAAAUCCAAUCCGCAAUAUACCUUGCGGACUAGAAUUUGGGCGUCACUGAGAUUCCAAACACUAUACAGAACAAUAACGGGAUUCAUGAACUAUAGUAAAGCGAUCAAACUGCUGUACAGAAUUGAAAAUCCAUCGAUGGUUCAGGCUUUCUUCACAAACUUUGAUGAUAUGGAGCGAGAAUUGGCCGCUCUGUCCAGAAGAAAGUUUAGAAUGGUUGUUGCAAUGCAAAGAUACUCAAGAUUUGAUAAGGACGAGAUGGAAGCGACAGAUUUGCUUUUGCAAGCAUAUCCUGAUAUGUGCAUUUCCUAUUUGGAGGAGACUACAGAAUUCAAUGGCGAGUCCAUAUUUUAUUCUUGUUUGAUCGACGGGCAUUGCCAAGUCGACAAUGUUACAGGUGCGAGGGUUCCAAUCUAUAGAGUUCGACUCUCAGGAAAUCCAAUUCUUGGUGAUGGGAAGUCAGACAAUCAAAAUCAUUCAUUGAUAUUUUAUCGUGGAGAAUACAUUCAGGUAAUCGACGCUAACCAGGACAAUUAUCUCGAGGAAUGCUUGAAAAUUAGGUCUCUGUUGAGUGAGUUCGAGGAGCUGGAAAUCGAUGGCGAAAGUCCCUAUGUCGCUGAUAUAGAUGACAGAGAAAAACGUGCACCCGUGGCUAUUGUAGGAGCGCGAGAGUAUAUUUUCUCCGAGAACAUUGGCGUGCUUGGUGACGUGGCGGCUGGAAAAGAGCAGACUUUUGGGACUCUUUUUGCGAGAACACUUGCUGAGAUCGGAGGAAAACUGCACUAUGGUCAUCCCGAUUUCUUGAAUGCUAUCUUCAUGACUACAAGAGGUGGAAUCUCAAAAGCUCAAAAAGGACUUCAUCUUAACGAAGAUAUUUACGCGGGUAUGAACGCAGUAUGCCGUGGAGGCCGAAUCAAACAUAGUGACUACUAUCAAUGUGGAAAGGGGCGUGAUUUGGGAUUUGAAUCUAUACUGAAUUUUACGACAAAAAUUGGGGCUGGCAUGGGCGAGCAAUUACUCUCACGGGAAUACUAUUACCUCGGUACCCAGCUUCCUAUCGAUCGCUUCCUCUCUUUCUUCUAUGCACACGCAGGGUUCCAUCUGAAUAACCUAUUCAUUACUCUGUCCGUCCAAAUCUUUUUUGUGCUUCUCAUUAACCUCGGAUCUCUUAAUCAUGAAACAAUAGCAUGUUCCUACAACAGAGACUUGCCAAUAACGGACCUGCAACAACCUAUUGGAUGCUACAAUAUAGAACCUGUACUCCACUGGGUGUCGAUUUUCGUCCUCUCUAUCUUCAUUGUUUUCUUCAUUGCAUUCGCUCCCCUAUUGAUACAGGAACUGCUCGAGAAGGGAGUCUGGAAGGCAAUCUCAAGAUUCCUACACCACUUACUCUCACUGGCAUCCUUCUUUGAGGUAUUUGUUUGCCAGAUAUACGCAAGUGCACUCCUCACAAAUGUCACAUUUGGCGGCGCGAGGUAUAUUUCGACUGGAAGAGGAUUCGCCAUAACAAGAUUAGACUUUUCUCAGCUCUAUUCCAAGUUUGCAUCAACUUCGAUCUAUUCGGGGGCCAAGAUUUUUCUAAUGUUGAUAUUUGCAACUGUUUCCAUGUGGCAGCCAGCUCUACUGUGGUUUUGGAUAACGGUCAUCUCCAUGUGUCUCGCGCCGUUUCUAUUCAAUCCGCACCAGUUUACAUUCACAGAUUUCUUUGUGGAUUACAGGAAUUUUAUUCAGUGGCUGUCUCGAGGCAACACGGCGUUUGACCCGACUUCAUGGGUAGAAUUCAUUAGAGGUUCGAGGGCAAGAUUCACGGGUUUCAAGGCCAAACUGAUUGAUGAUCCAUCCGAGAAAAGUGGGAAAGAGACGAAGAGGGCUACGUUUACAGACAUAUUCGUUGCGGAAAUCCUAGUUCCGGCAUGUGCCACUGCUCUAAGUCUGACUGCCUACACUUUUAGUAAUGCACAAACUGGUGUGACAUCAGCCAGACCAACAGCAGCAAUUGUUCGUCUUGGCAUUGUUACGUUUUUACCCAUCAUCGCGAACAUAACAAUGCUUCUUACAUGCUUUUCUCUCUCAUGUUUCGCCGCCCCUCUCCUAUCAUUGUGCUGCAAGAAAACGGGUGCAACAAUAGCUGCUACAGUGCAUGCUUUUUCUGUCGUAAUUCAUCUGGUAAACUUCGAGCUCAUGUGGUUACUAGAGGGGUGGAGUUUUGCUCGGGCACUACUCCUUUUGAUAACCUUCAUCAACUUUCAGGAGUUGUUGUUCAAGAUUUUUACCGUGUUUUUCCUAACAAGAGAGUACAAAAACAACAAGUCACAUCUAGCUUGGUGGUCUGGUAAGUGGUACAACACGGGCAUGGGGUGGUCGGUAGUGCUGCAACCUACACGAGAGCUCCUGGUAAAAACUAUUGAAUGCAGUCUUUUCGCCAGUGACUUUAUUUUAGGACAUAUGCUCAUGUUCGUGCAGCUUCCACUGGUGUGCUCACCUUUCGUGGAUCAAUGGCACUCGAUAAUUCUGUUUUGGAUGAAGCCAAGGAAUCUGGUCUCCAACAAGUUAGCCUAUACGAAGAAACAGAAACGAAAGAGAAGGCGCAUAGUUCAGAAGUAUUUUUUGCUACACUUCUCGAUUCUAUUGAUAUUUCUUGCACUAUUGAUAAGUCCGUUUUUUGUCGCGCAGUACAUGCCGCAAGGACCUGAGUUUUUCCAUGAGACCCACCUAGAGGGCCUAUUUCAGCCAUACGGCCAGGACAACAAUGACACGGGUUCGAAGGCUCCAGCCCAUAUCCUCACCACUUCACCCCCCAUGCCAACUUUCAGGACUGUUGCCUAG